AUGCGAGAGAUAUGGUUCCUUUAUCGAAAUAGUUAUUCUGGGAUGCAGGUCAACGAUACGAGGCAAUCGGUCGAGGAUAAACUUGUCGAUUGUCUUUUCAUGCUCGAUAAAAUUGAACCGUGGAAUGUAAUCAAGUCGUCGAAGUUUGAUUGGGAACGCUGCUCAAGGACGGAUAAGGGUGUAAGUGCGAGGAGUAUCGUUGUAUCUGGAAAACUGAUGGACUAUGACGACGAAUUUGACUCCUCCAUGCAAAACCAGCUCGCAGUCGAGCAGCUAAAUCAACUGCUCCCUGAAGACAUUCGAGUGUUUAGCUACACGCGAGUAAGUAAGUCAUUUAACCCACAUCUCAACACGCACACACGCACAUAUUCUUACUAUCUUCCCCUUGAUCAGUAUCAGAGUAGUCACUAUGCUCCAAGCCGAAUUAUAGAACUGGGCGUUCACAUAGACACAGCAAAAUUUCAGAAAGCACUCUCAGUAUUUUUAGGCACACAUUCAAUGAAGAACUAUUCAGGUUCCAUUCAGUACUCUCUUCUUUCGUGUUCUUGUGAUUAUUUUGUAGUCAUCGAAAUAAGAAUCUCCGUCAAUUCUACCUGCGAACCAUGUAGUUGUUACUUUCAUUUGUGCCACUUCAGCAAUCACAUUGCAGCAACUCCUCUAACGAUAGGAAACGAACGCUACCUGCAUGUUCUACUCAACGGAAAUAGUUUUCUCUAUCAUCAGAUUCGAAAAAUGAUUGGCGGAGCUGUCGCUGUAUCGUGUGGCUCUUGGAGCUUUCCUUAUCUCAACGCCUGCAUGAAUUUGGUUUCUCUACAUCUAUACUCUAGCGUUUACGAUGCCAGCCAUUCAAGUGCCUCUCGCUCCCAGCACACCUUUGGCGUUGCACUCCGUUUCCUUCCGAGCCGACAAGAAUAUUUUUCUCAACAAGGCUGA